AUGGCUAUCAAUUCACUACUACUAUCGGCUUCGUGCUUUACUAUCGCCGCACAUGCAGUCUCUAUCUCCCUAACACCGGCUUCCAACGCGCCUGCAGCUUCUGGCCUUUCACAAGUCGUCGGACCUUCAUUCGCUGGCCUCGGAAUUGAACCCUCCAACCUAUUCUCCUUCACUGGUGGAAACACUCCUAAUCAACUCUCCAUCAAUCUCCUCGAACAUCUCACAAAAUACUCGGGUGCACCUCCACACCUCAGACUGGGUGGUAACACUGGUGAUCAGAUGGUCUGGGAUGCCACUCACAGCGGCUUCAACCUCGCAAAGAAUCCCAACCAGGAAGAAUCCAACCCCACCCCUGCAGACGGAAAUGUUUUUGGUCCCGGUUAUCUCAAGGCUCUCGAGCGCUUCCCCAAGGGCAUGCCCGUGACCUUCCAGCUGAACAUGGCCUAUGACAUGGGUGAUGCUCUUGACAAGAUCGACGAGGCGGCAGCUGCAGUCGUCGAUGGUCUCAACAACACUUCGCUGUACUCUUUCGAGAUUGGCAACGAGCCAGAUCUGUAUCUGCAAAGCUGGCAACAGAUGAGAAACGGCACAUGGAACGGGCAGAUCUACACCCAGCAGUGGUUGGAAAGAGCAGAGUCGGUGUGCAACAACGUCCUGAAGCCGAGAAACAUGAGAUGCGACUUCUUCGAGGCUGCCCAGACUGCCUCAACCAUCGGCACAACCUUCACACUUAGCGACUUGGCCAACGCCGGAAUCUCGGACAAUAUCAAUGGCACCACCUACCUCUCGUCUUGGAAUCAGCACGACUACUUUUACUUUGUCGACGUUUCCACUUACGACAUCACUCUGAACAUCAUGAUGGACUUUGACAGGACCGAGGAUCAGUUCAAGUACUGGACCACCGAGAUUGCAUACGCUCAAUCGUCUGGUAUCCCUUACAACCUUCGUGAGAUGGCAAACGUUGGACCUAUUGGCAUGGGAAAUGUAAGCAAUACCUUCGGAGCCGCUCUCUGGUUCCUCAACUUCUACUGCUAUGGCGCCACCCUCAACAUUUCCUCGGUCGAGAUGCAUAUGACCGACAACUCGUACGCUGCACCUUGGCAACCCAUCUUCAUGAACGGUGAGGCCGCCAACGUUCGUCCCAGCUACUAUGCUAUGGCUGCCAUGGCUCAGCUCAUCGGUGCGGGUAACGGUACUACCAGACUCGCCUCUCUGGCUACUGAUAACUCUUACAUCCGUUCUUACGCCGCCUACGCCAACGACGAUCUCGUUUCAUUGGUUAUCAUCAACGCCAAUCAGGCCAACGCUUCUGAUACCGACAAGGGCAGCAGCGACUUCACCUUCUCCCUUCCCGACCUCAAGGGCGAAACCAUGUACCUGUCAUACUUGACUGCUGAGGGUGCCGACAGCAUUCACAAUGUCACCUGGAACGGUCUCAGCUUCGAGAGCGACAGCGUGGGAACCGUCAGUAACGCCCAGGAUCAGAGUGGCCAAACCGUCGUCCUCGACAGCAACGGUGCCGCAACAAUUACUGUUCGCGACUCUGAAGCCGUCAUUGCCCACUUCGGCGCUCGUCUGGGCUCAUACAUCGCCAAGGUUGCCAACAGCACAUCCUCAUCUAGCUCUGGACGUUCAGGUUCGAGCUCCGGAAAUGACAGCAAAACCUCAAGCGCCAGCACCGCAACACCCACAACCAUCUUCGCCACCGUCCUCGUCGCUCUGGUGUGUAUCUUCAUAUCCUAG